AGGAAGCAAAGCAGGAUGUGCUCAUCACCUGAAUGUGAAUUCGCUAAACCGUUGUUUCAGUCAGCUUCUGUUCAGACACACUGAAAUGCUGCUUGAAAAGCAGUUAGCUAAUACCACUUUAUAGUUGUAAUAAUGGAGUCACAAUGCGAAUUUUUGAUGUAUUUUCCUGCCGCUCCUAUGUCGAAUCUCUCAGACGCAGCAGAGUACACAACUCUUCCUCGGCGAAAGAACGUCUACCUCGGGGAGACUGUCCAGUUUCUGCUGGUCUUGCGGUCUCGGGGCAGGGAUGAUAGCUCCGGUACCCUACCCUGGAAGGACUUAGCGGAUUCUUUAUGUGCUCUGGCGAGUGUUUGCGUCGCAGAGAGCGGGUUACAGACACCAGGUGAGCAGCUUGACCUCCUGAGCAGCUGCAGCGAAGACAGUGAGGAAGUAAAGCCCGGGGAGGGGGAACCUAGGACCACAGAAAAGCGCGGAAGGAGACUGGGGGCCAGCCACAUCUUCAGACCGUGUAACCCUUUACUCAGUGAUAAAUGCUCAACCAGUGGUGAGAUACACCACGGGAGUGUCCAAGCAAAGUCUGCUUUGGUGUUGGAAGACCAGCUUAUCUUCUGUCUCACUGUCUCUUUGGACAAACUGCCAGUCAGCACACAUAAGGCCAAGAUUGUAGUGACUGUGUGGAAGCAGGAGGAGGAGAGGGCAGAAUUAAGGGAGCAUGGCUACCUGACUCUUCUGCAGCUCAGGAGUCCAACGUAUUGCUUUAGACAAGAUCUGAGUACUUUCAAGACACAAGUCAGCACCACCCUGGAUGUUCUUCCACCUCCCAGUGUCCAGUGUCGACAGAUGACUGUUUCUGGAAAACAUUUGACUGUCCUCAAAGUGUUGAACUGUAGCUCCGAGGACAGAAUGUGUGUCAAAGAUGUGAAGAUUCUUCCAAACUAUAACUCGUCUUACCUCCCCGUGAUGCCAGAUGGCUCGGUUCUUAUAGUCGACAAUGUCUGCCACCAGUCAGCGGAGGUCACCAUGGCUUCAUUCUGUCGGAUAGACAACAAGUCAUCACAUUUACCUUGUACGCUUAGUGCCCUGGAGGAGCAGACCUUCCUUUUCCAGCUGCAACUACAAGACAAAGCAGAGGAGGAAUCCAGUGAGGGUUUGGAAGUCCCACUGUUGGCUGUGCUACAGUGGCACAGUCCAGCACUUCCUGUCAUGAGAUGCAUCUGUACUUGUUACUCGCUGCCCAGUGUUCACUUAAAUCGUCCACGGCUGGUAAUGACAGCUUCUUGCCCCAGGACUGUCAGGCCUCUCCAACACUUCUGGGUGAAAUACACACUGCUGAACAAUUUGCAUGACUUCCUGGCUGUUCGUCUGAUCUGGAAUUCAGAGGGAGGAAGUGAGCAGGAUCCCACUGUAGGAGCAGUUGUGUGCCAGUCUCCACUUAACAACCUGGGCCAGUGUAAGAAGGGUUCUACCCUCUCCUUCACUGUGGCCUUCCAGAUUCUCAAGACUGGACUGUUUGAGCUGAGCCAACAUAUGAAACUGAACCUGCAGUUUACAGCUCCUGUGCCCACCCAUCCCGUGGAGCCUCAGUCACCUUUGAAGAACACCUGUGAAGGGCAUAGCCUGACCCAGUGUCAGAGCUUCUCCCACUACCAGCCAUCCAGGUCAGGCGCUGCGAUGGAAUUCCGGGCUAUCACCUCUCCUGCAGGAUCUGUUGGUCGAGCCCCCUGCUUGUAUCCUGACCACAGCCUCAUUUCACUGGAAAAAAUAGCCAAGAGAGAAUGUAAGGUGUUAGUGGUGGAACCAAUUAAAGGUGCACACAAAAGAUGAUCUGGAGUGGUAACUUCUGAUAAACGCAUCACUGUUCUGUGACUGUGCUUCGUUGGCUUUUCAACACAAAGUAACCAGAAGCCCAAUCAGCCACCAAAGCUUCAUCUUCAGCCCCAAAAGGAGACUCAAGGACACCUAAAAAGAAGGAAGAAUUGUGCCAAAAUCAAGCAUUGGAUGGACUCAGUGAAUGAUAAAUGAAAGAUUCAUCAGAGAGGAGUGGUGCUGAUGAAGGUGCAGAUUAGUGGAGGGCUACUUCCUGGCAGAAAUGAUGAGUGAAAACCACUUGUGGAGCAUAUUUUUACUUUUGUCCUGACUUACCUCCACUCUGUCAGAUCAUCUCAUUACUUAUGACAUUUUCUUCACACCUUUUCAUUUUUAAUUUCCUUCCUUUUUUGUUACUCUUGCCUCUGCCUCGACUCUUUGGUUGCAGUUUUGUUUCCUUUUAGGAUAUAAUCAGGAAGUGUCAGAUUCCCUCACUCUAAAGUAAGCAUGCCGUAUGUUAAAGUAUCAGUUGCUUAGCUGGAUCUGAAAAUGCGGACUUGAUAGCAGAACUAUUUACUGGUACAACAUUUUGUAACAUCAUUUUUUUGUUUGGUUUUUUACUACUGACUGACUGGUCUGCACAGAUCUCAGUCAACACUUCUGAUUGUGUCAGCUGUGUGUUAAACCUUAUUACAACAUCCGUGUUUAACAUGUUUACACUUGAUCACGAAGGCUUCUUACCUCAACCUUAAAGGAUUUCUGUCUUGAACUAUUGUCAUGAUAUCCUCUGUGGUUUGCAGAGACUAAAAGUUACAUUUUAAAGUGGGACUGAAUUUGAAUGUAAGUGAGACAAAUCAGCUCCUUAAUGUUAUUUAUUUAUAUUUGUUAGCUGUGAAAAUAAAAGUUUCAGGUUAUGUUAUUUUUGGUUUUACCUCAGAGAUACUGCAUUGUCUCAGAAUAUUUUAGUAGUUAGCAGUUUACCAACAUCUUUAAUUCUAAUAUUUCAAACUAAAGCCAUGCAUGCACUGCUGUGAAAAACAUUUGCCCCUUUCUGUUUUCUUAUUUUUUUUGUGUAUAUUUGUCACACUUUGCUGUUCCAGAUCAUCAAACAAAUUUUAACUGCACCCCCGCCAUUUUAAAUCAUGAAUUAACUGUGGUUAACCACAUUUUUGCAGCUGAGUCAAUUUCAUUAGCUACACUCAGUCCUCAUUGCUGCCAGACCUGCUGAAUCAAGAAAUCACUUAAAUAGAGCCUGUCUGACAAAGUGAGGAAAACAUCUCACUAAAGAUCUCAAAAAGCAACACAUCACACCAUCAUCUAAAGAAACUCAAGAACACACGAGAAACAAAGACACUGAGAUCUCAGUCUGGGAAGCUACAAAACCAUUUCAGAGGCUUUGGGUCUCCAGUGAACCACAGUGAGAGCCAUUAUCCACAAAUGGAGAAAACUCAGAACCGUGGUGAACCUUCCCAAGAGUGGCCUGUUUACCAAAAUUACUCCAACUCCAAUUACUCCAUCAGCAACUCAUCAGAGAGGUCACAAAACCCCCCAUAACAGCAUCUAAACCUGCAGGUUUCACUAGCUUGACUCAUCAGUCAAACGUGGUGGUAGUGUGAUAGUCUGGGGGCCACUUUGCUGCUUCAGGCCCUGGAUGUCUUUUCAUAAUUGAUGGAACCAUGAAUUCUGCUCUCUACCAGGAAAUCCUGAAGGAGAAUGUCUGAUCAUCGGUUUGUGCCCUGAAGCUCAAGCACACUUGGAUUAUGCAGCAAGACAUUGAACAGACACACACCAGCAGGUCCAGCUCUAGGUGGCUACAAAGAAGAAAAAAAGGUUCUGGAGUGGUCAAAGUUUGGACUUGAAUCUGAAUGAGAUGCUUUGGCAUGACCCUUAACAAGGCCAGUUUUGUACAGUACAAUUUUUUUUUAACUGGAAUCUGUGCUAAAGACUGAUGAUGUAAUAUCUCAUGUACACAUUGCUAUAUAUAUACACAUUGCUGCUUGCUUGCAUAACAUCUGACUAGUCUGGGAAACAAAAACAGAUAUGCAUUAUACUCUGGUUUAGGUUUAGCAUUUCUUUUUGAAGGGCCUUUUUGCCUUUAUUAGAUAUUGCACAAUGAAGAGAAACAGGAAAGUGGGGAGAGAGAUGUCAGGAAAGGGCCACAUCUCAGACAUGAACCGAGGACACCCGUACCACAUGCCUGUCGUAUACGUGGUUGCCUGUUUAUCCACUGAGCCACCCUGGCACCAGUACCAGUGUUUCUUAGGCCUUACCAUAAAUGCAGCUGUGUCAGUCUGGGAAUUUAGGUUCCAUAUGACUGUUCAAUGGUGUACAAAAGGUCAGGGGACAAAGUCCGUUGUUGAGAUAGAGUAUGUUUGUACCAUGGUAGUGUUCAAUUAGCUACACAUUACACACCACAGAAAGUUCUCGCACUAAUGUAUAGAAUUAUAUUCAGGACAAUGUAGAUAAUAAUAAACACAAUUCUCAAUGUGUGGCAGCUAAGUCUCUGCACAGCUGCUGCUUUUUUUCUUUGUGUUUUUAUGUUUAUUCCUUGGUAUGAACCACCUUCCUAACAACAUAAAGCAGUUUGGAUAACUGUAGUUUUCCAGCACAGCAAACAGUAUCAGUCAAAAGGUUGGGCAGCUACACAAGAUUUUUUUCAUUGUUUAGUAUUUUCUACAUUGGGUCAUAAAACGAAGUCUGCUUUGUGUGUGUGUGUGUGUGUGUGUGUGUGUGUGUGUGUGUGUGUGUGGGGCUAUUAUUGUAGCAAAACAAUUUGCGUGUGCACAUUUCAGCUUGUAAACAUGAGGAAUAUAGGAAUGACUCCAGCUAGGCUAGUUUCCAGCUACAUAUGUAUUGUACAAAUGAGAGUGGAAUCAAUAUUUUGACUUCUAGAAAUGUAAA